CCUGCAGUACCCGGGGUGUUCCAAAGUUCGAGCUCCCGGCCCUUACUAAGGGCCGCCCUCGGGGAGGCGGCGCCAGCCUGGCCUCUGCUCGGCUUUCCCGAGGCUUCGCAGAGAAGCUGGGCAGCAGCAACACCGCUUCUCUCGAGCCGCCGAGCCGGAGAUGGAAUUGGACCUCCAUGGGGCCGGAGCUCCGGCUGCCGGGGAGCGGCUACUCCAGGCUGAGGCCCCGGCGGAGAAUGAGCCGGAGGUGGUGGCGGGCUCCCGGCGGAGCCGCGGGACCGGGAGCGGGCUGCGGUGGUUCGUCACCGUGAUCCUGUGUGCCUCCUUUCUGGGGCUGGGAUUGAGUAUCGCUAUAGUGGGACCCACAUUUCAAGAUUUGGCAGCUAAUGUGAACCGCAAUGUCAGCAGUCUUUCUCUGAUUUUUGUGGGACGUGCCUCUGGAUAUUUGAGUGGCUCUGUGAUUGCUGGAGUUCUUUUUGACAGUGUGAACCAUUUUCUACUUUUGGGGGUGUCAAUGUUGGCUACCGCAGUUGGUCUUUAUCUUGUUCCAUUUUGUAAGACAGCAGUAUUACUGACUGUCAUGAUGUCCAUCUUCGGUGUUUCAAUGGGCAUUCUGGAUACAGGUGGUAACGUCUUAAUUUUGGCUAUUUGGGGUGACAAAGGAGCCCCACAUAUGCAGGCCUUACAUUUCUCUUUUGCUUUGGGUGCCUUUUCGGCUCCACUGCUGUCUAAAUUGGCAUUGGGAACGACAGCGUCUGCUGAAAACCACACAGAGGCUGACUUUAACCAUUCUGCCCUCAACCAGUCAUCUGAAGCUGACUCAGAAUCUCUAUUUGGAGUACCUGAUGAUACGAAUUUACUGUGGGCUUAUGCUAUCAUUGGUACUUAUGUUUUUGUAGUUUCUGUCUUGUUUUUUGCUCUGCUUUUUAAGAAAAGCUCAAAGUGGGAAAAAGCAAAAAUGUCUGCUCAGAGGUCUCGAAGAGCUAAAUAUCACAACAUCCUUCUUUGUCUUCUGUUUCUGUUCUUCUUUUUUUAUGUUGGAGCCGAGGUAACAUAUGGCUCUUAUGUUUUCUCAUUUGCAACCACCCAUGCUGGCAUGAGCGAAAGUAAAGCAGCUGGGUUGAACUCCAUCUUCUGGGGAACCUUUGCAGCCUGCAGGGGCCUAGCAAUCUUUUUUGCUACAUGUUUACAACCUGGAACCAUGAUUGUGUUGAGCAACAUUGGCAGCCUGGUGUCAUCUUUAUUUCUGGUGCUUUUUGACAAGAGCCCAGCUUGUCUGUGGAUAGCAACUUCAGUGUAUGGGGCCUCAAUGGCAACAACAUUUCCCAGUGGUGUUUCUUGGAUUGAGCAGUAUACGACCAUCCAUGGGAAAGCUGCAGCAUUUUUUGUAGUUGGUGCUGCCUUGGGAGAAAUGGCUAUUCCUGCAGUAAUUGGAAUUCUUCAAGGAAAACAUCCGGAUUUACCUAUAGUUUUGUACACCUCUUUGGGAGCAGCAAUAGCCACUUCUGUUUUAUUUCCUGUGAUGUAUAAAUUAGCCACCUCACCUCUCGAUCAUCAACAGAAAGAACACAGAAAAAGCGAGGACCAGAAAGCUUUGCUCUCUAGCUCUGGGCUAAAUGACUGUGAGGAAGAGAAUGAAGAAGAUGCAGAAAAAUGGAAUGAAAUGGAUUUUGAAGUGAUUGAAAUGAAUGAUACAAUGAGGAAUUCUGUAAUAGAGACAUCUAGAAAUAUUUUGAUGGAACCCAGAGCAGAAGUCUCCAACCACUUCCACUCAAAUGCAUUAAUGUUUGAGUUCUCUCCGGUUAAUACUGGCAAGUCCUCUGUGAAUCACCUUGCUGAAACCAGAAUAAAAGGGACUAACACUUAGAGAAGAUGGAUUCUUUACUGACUUUGCAUAUUCAGUCUCCAGUUCUAAAGAGGCCAGUCAGAGAAGAGCAUUAGCAGAUUUUCAACAUGCUUUGGGGAUCAGAAUUUCUAGGUCAGAAUAUGGCAAAUGCUAAAAUGUUUUGAAAUGUUCUGAAACGUUCUGUAAUUCUCAGAGUCUUUCUUAAAGAACCACUAGUCUUGUAGAGCAGGAUCUUGUUGAGGCUUGUGUUUGGCAUGUGGCUGAUUAGGUAACAUUUUAUGGUCUUCACCUUUCAGCAUGCAAAGAGCCAUUUGUUUUUGAGAAGCUGAGUACCAUUUUAAUUUUAAUAGAAUGAAAUCAUCUAUUUGAAUCUAUUAGCUGAACAAGUGAUCAGUCAUCUGUAUUCUGCCAGGGAAGUUGAGGAGAAUCGUUUCAUAAAAGAACAUCUUUGAAAAUAGAGAUUUUUAUUAAUUGCUUUACCCUGUCUAUAGCAUUGGACCAAAGAAUGCUAAUGCCUCACCUGUUUUCUCAUUUCUAGGAAGAGAACACAGAACAGGGCCUUAGAGACCUGGCUCAAGCCUUGACUGAUGCUUACCAGUCUUCUGGCCCUACACUCAGUCACAGUUAACUUAUGUAGGCCUUAUCUCUUGAUCUGUAAUUCUAUAAAUGAAAAUGAGGUGAUUUCAAACUAGGGAUCCACAAGUUUUAAAGUUUGUGUAAGAUGUUUGCUAGAAAUUAAUGAGUACCACCCCAUUCCUCAUUUCAAAUGAGAAGUGAAAAUUGAUAGCUUUAGGAAUGUGCUACUGAUUAUGAACACGUCAGUUUUAGAGACUGUUUAAUACUUUAUUUGAAUAAUUACCCCAAGAAUACAUUUUUAGUACUGUAUUUCAUUGAUUUUGAGAUGCACUUUUUUUCACAUUUUUAAUUUCUCUGAAAUGAGAAUAUCUAACAUUGUGACAAAAUUUAACUGAGUUUUUCCAUAUAUGUAUUUAAAGUAAUACUGCAUUUUAGAAUCAGUGUCUUAGAUUCAGUGAAAUACAGUAAUUCAUUCAAUUAUGGAGAUUAUUGUUACAGACAUUUUAAAAAGAAAAGUUAUUUUUAUGUGCUAAUUUUCUCUAAUUAUGUUCACAUGGGAUUUGGAGAUGCUAUGUUCCGCUUCCGACUUUAAAAGCCGUCUUAGAGUCAGCUCCAUUAGUAGGGCUGUGGACGAAGUUCUUGAGGUCCUUUGCUUACCUCAGUAAGAGUCUAGGUCUGAACCUUACUGUUUCAGGAUUUGCUCCUCAUUAGUCUGCUUGGUAAUCACUUCAGCACUGUAAAUCAGGCUGCUAGUUACAAUGAUGCAUAAUUUUUCCAGUGAUUGGAAUACUUGUAUCAUCCAUCCAGGGCUCCUUUCUGAGUUCGAAAUACCUGGGAAAUCAAAGUAAUGAUUAGAAAGUGGCUUAGUGGCCUAGGGGUUGGGGAUCACGAAGCGUACUUCGUACUAGUAUGGCAAAGCUGAUGUGUGCUAUUCUGUGAUAAAUGACUAGCACUGAUGACAGAUUUUGUUCACUUUAACAAGUUUUAUGCUGAAUAACAUGUAAUUUCUACCUGAUUGCAGUAUGUCUUCUUUCUCUUAGCUAAUGUCUAUAAAUUUGCCUUUGUUUUUUUCUAUGUAAAUGACAUAUAGUACCUUUCUUGACCACUGCCCAUUCACCUUAUUUACCUGCCACAAUAUUGGUUCAUGUCAAUAAUCUAACAAUUUUGGAGAGGGCCAGUGGAAAAAUUAACAGUAAAAAGCCUCUUCUCCUUGCCUGUUUACACUGUGUUUUUCUCUUAGCCAGAACUUGGAUAUUAUCUCUGCUCCAUUUUUUACCUUUCCUCCAGUUGUUGGAAUUUAAGCAGUAGCAGCUAUUUGGCAGUCGGUAGGCUUGCUGGAACAGAGAUUCUACCUAUAGCAUCUACAUUUAAGGGGUAGAAGUUGCGACUCAGGGAGAGAAGGACGGCAAUAAGAACAUAGCAGAAAAUUUGGAAAUUCACACUGGAAAAUCCACUUGAUUUCCACAAACCAAAAUGUGAAUGGCCAUAUGAGAUUAUAGGCAUUGUUAAAGUUUGUUGAUGUAUUUUCAUAUUGGAAGGAUAAGACUUAAUACAAUUCCAAGAAUUAGUAUUCAUCCUAAGAAUCGGUUCUUAAGUAAGUGCCUGCUUAUAUACAAGUAACCAAUACUGAAGUUUUCUUAUUAUUGUGUAACAAAUUACCACAAAUUUAGCAGCUUAAAAUAACACAUUUUUUUCACAGUUUCCUCAGCUCAGGAAUUUGGGCAUGACUUCACUGAGUUUUCUGCCCAGGGUCUCACAGGGCUGUAGUCAAAGCUGUUGGGUAGAUCUGUGCUCCUUUGUGGAGCUUGGGGUUCUCUUCCAGGCCCACGUGACAGUAUUCAGUUCUUUGCUGUGGUGGACUGAGGUCCCCAUGUUUUGCUAGCUGUCAGCUUGUACCACUCUCAGUUCCUAGGACCUCCCACAGUUCCUUGCCCUGUGGCCCUCACAUAGAUCCUCUCUUGACCUGGCAGCUUAUCUCUUCAAAGGAGAAUCUCUUGCCUGAGUAUGCUAAGCUGGAGUCUUAUACAACAUAAUGUGAAUGAAUACAGGAGUGACAUCCCAUCACCUUUGCUCUAUCCUGUUGGCUAGAAGCAAGUCACAGGUUCUGCCUAUAUUCAAGAAGAGAGGCUACUAUAGAGAUGUGACUCAUUGGGGGUUAACUUAAGGUAUCUGCCACACUCAGAUACUUGUAAAAUUAAACUUCAGGAGGGCUAAAAAGUUUGAUCUAGGGAGAAAAAACCCUUCAAUGGUCACUGAAAGUGAUUAUAGGUAUAACCCAUUGAGUAUACUUGAGUGGGAAUGGAUGGCUCUCCAUAGGCCAGGCCAACAAGCAUGAUAGAAGAGAAUUUUUUGUUUGUUUGUUGUUUGUAGUUUAACUCAGUUAUGCUUUUUUUCCCUUGGUAUUUUACCACUGUGCUUUUAACCUAUUCAAAUGCAGCUUAAUAUGAAAGAAAUAGGUAAGUUUCAGUUUAAUUGCAUUUUCAUAGUAAAGUGCAAAAACACUUCGAGAGCAUUUUGCAAUUCUGUUGUUUUUUAAAAAUCUUUUAAAAAUUUUGUUUUUAUUAUGAAGGUAUAAAGUCAUGGUAGAAGAUAAGGAGGUACAUAAAAAUGUAAGGGGCAAGUAUAAGUAAUUCAUAAUCCUAAACACUUAGGAAAGUUCUUAUAUUUUUCAUCAAUUUAAUUUCCUAAAUAAAGGGUAAAAGGGUAAAAAAAGAAAAUUUCCUCUACCAGAUAAAGUAUCAGAAACAAUUUUAAUUCUGUGUCCAGGAUAUAUUGAUAGUAUAGUUGGUGGACUGGUUAUUAGUUUGAAGUAUUAUAGAUUAUUUUUUUAAAAAAUGUAAUUGAGAGAUGCCAGUGUAGCAGCAUAGUCCCAAAAAAUGUGCGAGACCCAGGUUACAUGUAAAAUGAUUUUGUUUCAGGUAAAUUCAUUGUAUACUCAGGAUUGCUUUCUCAUAACCAGAGAUUUGGGUUUACCAUAGCAAUGUAUCACUCAGUCCUGCCACUUAACACUUAAUCAGUAAACUAGAGCUUAAAAGUCUUAAUGGAAAUAGAUACAUUCUUCUGGGAUGCCCUGUGUGUUUAAGUGCCACUUGUUUUGUUUAUAGUGUUGUGAGCAUGUGUGUUUGAUGUGUGAACCCACCAAUAUUAACCUCUGUUUUAUAUUUUCUGAUACUGUGGGGUGCAGUGGGGUUAGAGGUGGUAGGGAAGAGAUUAAAAAAAGCAUAAGAAAAAAAAAAAAGCCCGAGGUAUUAUUCAAAGUUUGUGAGAAGUAUUCCUUUAUUGAGGUUUUAUUGUAGAUUUACAUGCAGUUGUACAUAGUGUUUUAUUCAAACUUGCUGAGUGAGGGAUACUUGCUUAGUAGGGUAGGAACUAGAUUAGUGCUUCUCAUACUUCUUGCCCAUCCUCUGUGUAUCUCUAGUCCAGAUUCUAGAAGGAACCUGUCUGACAACUUGAAUCGUUGCCAUUGUUCUUACUGGGCAGAGCCCAGCCUCAAGAUUUGCUGGUCAGUCUAUGAAUGGACCUCUUUUGGAUUGGUGCCUACUACCCUCCAUCCGGAGAGUGGCCACCCCUACACUCCUUCCUUCACUGCUGUGAGUCAAGAGCUGUUAUAACCAAAAGGGAUGUUCCCCUGUCUGCUCUGUACCGUGGUUGGUGAUGGGCUCAAUGAAUAUUUGCUUGUGGGUGCCUGAAUGGGAUGCAUGCAGAUUCUUAAGCCCUGAUAGUGAUGGUCUGGUUCAUGUUUUGAAUCAGAAUUGGAAAAACAAAAUCACACUAAAUUGCAGACACGUUUUGAAGCGCUUACUAGACAAGGUUAAUAGUGAACUGUUUGGUUUCUGUCAGAGAAAAAGGCUCCGUCCUAACAGGGUAGCAUUUAUACUUGAGUGAGAUACAAGAGGAUUCCCAUUUUGUUAGAGGUAUUUUAUAGCUCUAAUCUUUGUAGACCAGAAGAUUUCCAAGUCCUUGCAUUUCAGUCAUUUAACAGGUAUCUACUGAGCAGUUACUGCAUUUAGUAAGCACCCUGGGAAUACAACCAAGGACAAGACAGAUGAGAUCCUUGCCUUCACCAAGCUUAUGUUUUACCAUUCAAGUGAGAUUUGCUAUGACAACCUUUCUCUUAGCUGAAGAGCCAGCAAAGCUUAUUGUAAUAGGUUUUACCCAGUUCCAGAAAAGUCAGUAAAGUAGCUGAGCUCUUGUUUCCGUGACAUGUGCUUGUGUCUGUUCAUUUCCAGUAUUUUACAUGCAGUCUUGGGGUCAUUCUUUGAGUUUUAUAAACAAAUUACUUAGCUCAGUGCAGUCGAGAUGAAUAGUGAAAAACCACUUAAGAAGGCUACAGCAUGGGGGUCUGACACCAGCCUGGGGAUUUGUGCCGUACAGCCAACAGGCAUGGUUAUGGUUGAAAAUGCACCUUGGGUUACGCCUGUGAGCCAACUGAGCAGGUUCUCAUUUCUCCGUCCUUUGACUUACCACUUUCAGAGAACUUUCUGUCCUAAGGAGAUCACCCAUUUCCGAGUCCAAGCACUCUUUGGGCCUUUACCCUUGAUGAAGACAGACUCAGAUGAAAGCAUUUAGAAAAGGAAAAGUUUACCUACAAAGAGCAAGAGAAGGACUGGCUUGCUAAAUGAAAACACGAGUAUUUAAAGAAAAAAAAGAACUACCAAGAUUUCAAGUGUACAUUAGUCUGUUCAUGGUGGAAAACCGGUAAUUCUCCCACGUGAUUAUCAUUCACAAAGGUCAUGACAAGUCUUCAGAUUUUAGCACAGCAGAAAACGGAAAAAUUGCUGGGGAGUCCAGGAGAAAAGUUCAAGGUUUUAUUGCUUUGAGAUCAGAAUCAGUUAGGCGACUUUGUUCCUUUUGGUUUAUCUCAGAGUGCAAAAUGUCUGCUGACUGUGAUAUCGGAUGUGCUUAGUCAUAAUGAAGCAAUGCGAAGUGACAUUUUGAUACUAUACCUUCCAGAAUUCAUAUGCUCCAAGAGGAAAAAAGGCCCAAGGGAAAAACAUGAUAGCAGCAUGUAUUCUUGUCCCCUGGUCAAGUGAUAAGCCUUUGCUCUGGUCGUUUUUUAACCCUGGCUGCUGUUAGAAUCAUUUAGGAGAGGUCAAAAACUGAUGCCCAGUAUUUUUAAUUAAAUAAGAAUUUAAUUGGUCUGGAGUGGAGCCUUAGUAUUGAUAUUUUUAAAAGUACCCCCCAGUAAUUGUAAUAUGCAGUUGAGGUUGAGAAGCACUGUUUUUAUCAAUGCAGAGAACUAGAACCUCUGUUAGUUAUAGUGAUUUUUAAAGGCUAAUUUGAGGCUUGGUUAAGUCAUGCUACUUUUGUAGAUGCUUGAAAUUCUGUGCGCUUUCUCUUCCUCUCCCAUUUCCUGUUACCUCCUGCUGCUUGAUCAAUUAAAGGGAAUAAUCAAUACUGUUGUUUGACAUCCUGCCCUAACAGAAACCAAAUCUGGACCUUUUGGAAGUUGCUCUUCUAGACAGGUUUUCACUAAUCGAUUUUGAUUUCAGCGCCUUAAAGAGGUAUGGGUGAUCUUGUAAAUUUGUUAAAUCUGAAUUUAAGAAUGCUCACUGUUUACAUGGCUUUGUACAGUGUAAAAGCUUGUUUGAAUAAAAUAUUGAUGUAAACACUGA